AUGCAUCGCCGUGGCGGGAAACGUAUACGGAUGGACGAUCCACCUCCGGAAUAUGUCAAUCCAAUGACUCCAGCGACCCCCAUGACUGAUUAUGGUGGACAAUCUGUUCACGAACCCGAAACUCCCAACGUGAAUUAUUCAGGGUUUAAUGUUGGAGCGGUCGUCAAUUCCACUGCCAACGAACUCCCAAGAGAAGAAGCCGAGGAAUCCCAUCACGAAGAAGAGGAGCCCAGAUCACCAUCCCCCACUCCUACGAAGCGAGUGACCCGAAGUCGCGGUCGCCGCGGUGAUGGUGGGUUUGUGGGGCGCUUGGCUGAGUCUCCGCCUCCUCCGCCACUGCGGCGCCGCGGCCGAGGCGGGCGCGGACGAGGUAGAGGUCGAGGAACGGCCCCGCCGCCAGCGUACUCACCGCCACCAGUUUUGCUGCCUGGUGAUGACGAGAACAGCCUUUAUAAUAUUCUGAGAUUCAAUAAGACAGCAAUAAACCAAGUUGUGGAUAUGUGGAUAGAAGAAUACAAGACGAACCGAGAGGCUGCACUGGUUCAGUUGAUGCAGUUCUUUAUUAAUGCAUCUGGAUGUCGAGGGAAGGUGACACCUGACAUGGCACAGAUGGACCACACUCUCAUCAUCAAGAAAAUGACCCAAGAGUUUGAUGAGGAAAGUGGUGAAUAUCCCCUUAUAAUGACAGGACAAACUUGGAAGAAGUUUCGCUCCAAUUUUUGUGAGUUUAUUCAGACAUUGGUGAAGAUGUGUCAGUACUCCAUUAUCUACGACCAGUACCUGAUGGACAACAUCAUCUCCCUGCUCACUGGACUGUCUGACUCACAGGUCAGAGCCUUCCGCCACACAGCUACACUUGCUGUGAUGAAAUUGAUGACUGCUCUGGUGGAUGUCGCCCUUUUGACAAGCGUCAACUGCGACAACUGUUUGCGACAGUAUGAGGCGGAGCGACUGAAGGCUCGGGACAAGCGAGCUAACGAGCGCCUUGAAGUGCUAGUCGCUAAGAGGCAGGAGCUGGAAGAAAACAUGGAAGAGAUCAAGAACAUGCUCUCGUACAUGUUCAAGUCUGUGUUCGUGCAUAGAUACAGGGACACAUUACCUGACAUCCGAGCUAUAACUAUGGCUGAAAUAGGCAUCUGGAUGGAGAAGUUUCCAGCUCAUUUCUUAGAUGAUCUAUACCUCAAAUAUAUUGGCUGGACACUGCAUGACAAGGUGGGCGAGGUGAGACUGCGUUGUCUCCAAGCUCUGCAGCCUCUGUACGAGUGUGAGGAGUUGAAGGGCAAGUUGGAACUGUUCACAUCCAAGUUCAAGGACCGCAUCGUGUCCAUGACGCUCGACAAGGAGACUGAGGUUGCAGUGCAUGCUGUUAAGUUGGUUAUUGCCAUUCUAAAAUGCCGCAUGCACCCCGACGUGCUGACGGACAAGGACUGCGAGAACGUGUACGAGCUGGUGUACUCGUCGUGCCGCGGCGUGGCGGCGGCGGCGGGCGAGUUCCUCAACGUGCGCCUGUUCCGCAGCGAGGAGCCCGCGCCGCCCGCGCGCUCGCGCCGCGGCAAGCUGCGUCUGCCCAACACGCCGCUCAUACGGGACCUCGUGCAGUUCUUCAUCGAGUCCGAGUUACACGAGCACGGUGCUUACCUGGUGGACUCUCUGAUUGAGUCCAACCCAAUGAUGAAGGACUGGGAGUGCAUGACCGACUUACUGCUGGAGGAAGCUGGCCCUAACGAGGAAGCUCUCGACAACCGACAGGAGUCGUCCCUGAUAGAGCUGAUGGUGUGUUGCGUGCGCCAGGCCAGUACGGGCGAGCCGCCCGUGGGCCGCGGGCCCAGUCGGAAACAUCAUCACAUGCUGUCCAAGGACCAAGCCAAGGUGGUGAGCGACGACCGCGCGCGGAUGACGGCGCACUUCAUGGUGACGCUGCCGGCCCUGCUCGACAAGUUCGGCGCCGACCCAGAGAAGCUCGCCAACCUCGUCGCCAUCCCGCAGUACUUCGACCUGGAGCUGUACACGACGCAGCGCCAGGAGGGCAACCUGGCGCUGCUGCUGGGCAAGCUGCGCGACGUGGUGCGCGUGCAGGCGGAGGCCGAGGUGCUGGAGACGGCGGCGCGCACGCUGGAGCUGCUGUGUCGCGAGCACUGCGCCGUGUACUCGCGCUGCAACGUGGCGCGCGCCACCGUCACCGACAUGUGCGUGGACCGCUACAAGGAGGCCAUCGACGACUACCGCAGCCUCAUCGAGGGCGGCGAGACGCCCGACGCCGACGAGCUCUUCAACGUCAUCAACUCGCUGCGCAAGGUGUCCAUCAUGUACAUGUGCCACAACCUCAACGACACCAACAUCUGGGACUCUCUGUUCGAGGACCUGCCCAAGUGUGUCAAGGAGAACGAGUCGCAGAUGCCACCGCAGGCGCUGGUGUACGUGGUGCGCGCGUGCUACUACUCGUUGCUGUGGGCGCUGCACGGGGUGGAGGCGCGGCCGGAGCCGGGCGCGGCGGCGGCGCUGCGCGAGCGGCUGCAGGGCUACGCGGCGCACUGCAAGGACAUCGUGGCGCGCGGCAUCACGGCGGAGCUGAAGGAGGAGGCCUACACGAGCCUGUGCGACCUGCUCAUCCUGUUCGCGGAGCACUUGGUGACGCUGCAUCACCCGGGGGACCCGGACAUGCGCCAGCUCGUGUUCGAGCCGGACACGGAGCUCUGCGACAUGCUCAACGCCUUCAUCCAAGAGUUUGUCUUCGUCCAGCACAACUACGAUGGUCAAGACGAGAGACGUAUCGAGGAACUCCACAAGCGACGCAACUUCCUGGCCGCCUACUGCAAGCUCAUCGUCUACAACGUCGCGCCCAUCCGACGCGCUGCAGACGUCUUCAAGCACUACAUCAAGUGCUACAAUGAUUAUGGCGACAUUAUCAAGGCGACCCUGAGCAAGGCCCGCGAGAUUAACAAAUUGAACUGUGCGCUGACUAUGGAGUUGGCCAUGCAGGCGCUGUUCAACGACAUGCUACAGAAACACGCCGGCACCACGCCGCAUCGACAGAUGCCCGAGAUGUUGGAGCUCAAGGAGCUGGCCAAGCGGUUCUCCGUGAUGUUCGGGCUGGACGCCGUGAAGAACCGCGAGGCGCUGACGGCGCUGCACCGCGCCGGCAUCGCCUUCGCGGCGCUGGAGCAGGGCAGCGGCAGCGGGCCGCCGCCGCGCCUGCUGUUCCUGGAGGCGCUGGCUGAGUUCUCGGGCAAGCUGCUGCGCCAGGACAAGCGCCACGUGCUGCGCUGCCUGGACGCGCGGCUGGGCGGCGCGCUGGGCGGCGCGCUGCCGGGCGCCGGCCGCGCCGACGACUGGGCGGCGCUGCUGGCCUACCGCGGCUCGCUGCUGACGGACGCGCCCGACGAGCGCCCGCCGCCCGCGCGCCGCCACUACGCGCGCCGGCCCCGAGGUCAGAACGAGGAUGAAGAGGCAGACGACAACGUGGAGUCUGACCAGGAGCAGCCCGGGUGA